UUUCCGAUUCUCUGCCUGGCAAUAACAGUUAAAGCGACACGCACACACCUAUAUAUAUAUACUCAACAGAACGCAAACGCUUCUACCUCUUGCUAUUCGCACUUUCUCUCUCUAGAACUCCGGCAGCUUGGAACUGAAUUGAGAGAGAAAGCGAGCCGGACGAUGGGGCAGCAGUCGUUGAUCUACAGCUUCGUGGCGAGAGGCACGGUGAUCCUCGCCGAGUACACUGGUUUCACCGGCAACUUCACGAGCAUAGCUUCGCAAUGCCUGCAGAAACUUCCGGCUAGCAAUAACAAAUUCACCUACAACUGCGACGGCCACACAUUCAACUACCUCGUUGAGGAUGGCUUCACAUACUGUGUUGUUGCUGUUGAAACUGUUGGCAGACAAAUUCCAAUUGCAUUUCUUGAGCGCAUUAAGGAUGAUUUUACCAAUAAAUAUGGUGGAGGGAAAGCUGCUACAGCUGUUGCUAACAGCUUAAACAAAGAAUUUGGGCCCAAGCUGAAGGAACAAAUGCAAUAUUGUGUGGAUCAUCCAGAAGAGGUCAGUAAGCUUGCAAAGGUGAAGGCUCAAGUCUCAGAAGUCAAAGGGGUGAUGAUGGAAAACAUUGAGAAGGUUCUUGACCGUGGAGAGAAGAUUGAGAUUCUGGUGGAUAAAACCGAGAACCUUCGUUCGCAAGCACAAGAUUUUAGGACGCAAGGAACCAAGAUGAGGAGGAAGAUGUGGCUGAAGAAUAUGAAAGUAAAGCUCAUUGUCCUGGCAAUUAUCAUUGCCUUGAUUCUCAUCAUUGUUUUGUCAAUUUGCGGCAGUUCCAAAUGUCAUUAGGUUGGUCAUCAACUGAAGUUUGGAUGCAUCUUCUCUCUUAUAGUGUCAUGUUUGUUUUACCUAUAAUCCCCUCUCCAUUUUUGCGCAUGUUGUGUUCUUAGUAGUAUUUAGUGUGCAUUGCUUAGCAGUGCCUGUAUAGCUUGUUCUACAUACCGAAUUCUUUGAAUAUAUGUUCGAGUAGUGGAAGGUUUUAUUGCGGUUGCCAGUUGUAAGCCAGAGCUUUAAUUUGAUUAUGAUUCUACUAUGAAUUGCCAUCUUUCGUUGUGA